ACACAUUUAGCACAUGCGCAAAAACAGACAGAAAAUGCUUGAAGAUUUAUUAUUUUUAAUUGUAUAAAAUAGAGACACCAGAGAAAGACUGAGAACUACGAAACGGGACAUUGGGAGUGAGAAAAAAGGAUAGAUAGAAGAUAUUGAAGCAAACCUCAAGAACUUCAAACUGACGGUCUGUGACGCAUGAUGGAGGCAGGAGAGAAAUCUGAUCGUCCUGACAAUUGUCCAGCUCUUCCUGAGAUAAAGGCCAUUAUAAUAGGCAGUAAAGCAGAAUACAAAUGCAGUGCAGCUAAUACCAUUCUUGGUGAGGAAUACUGUAAAGUGGGUGAAGAGAUAGUCAAGAGUGAGAUGAAACAGAAUACAGUUCAGAACAGGUCUGUCACUUUAGUAAUGACACCAGGAUGGUGGAAGAGCUUCACACUGGCAGAGAGUGCAAAGUAUUUAAAGAUGGAACUUGUGCACAGUUUAAAACUGUGUCCUGAUCCACGUGCCUUCCUUUUAGUCAUCAAUCUACACAAACCAUUCACAAACAUGCACUUAAACAGUGUGGUUGAACACAUGGAGAUUCUAGGUGAGCAGAUCUGGAACCACACCAUCGUUCUGCUCAUGUAUAACAACAAAGAGCAGAGAAAUGCAGACAGCAAGCAGCUAAUUGAGAGAGCAGGGACAGAGCUUGAUAUUCUAAUACAAAAAUGUGGAAACAGAGUUCAUGUCUUCAAUUAUACUGACAGCAGGGGGAUAAAUGUACAAAAACUGUUUUAUGAGAUAGAGAGAUUGGUAGCAGCGCAUGAAGGACAGUCCUUUAAAAUUGACAGCAAACUGUUUGAAGAUAUGGAGGAAAAGAGAAGAAAUGUGAAGAAACAAGCAGAAGAGAGAGAGAUUCAAGUAAAAACAAAGAUGCAAACCUUGAAAGAAUGUCUAAAAGACAAACUUUUCCUAGAGUUAAGGAUUGUCUUGAUGGGUGGCAAUAUUGUUGGAAAGACGUCAGUGGUGAACACCAUCUUAAAAAAGAAACGAACAAAGAACCUGACAAAAAAGUGUGUGAUGAGCGAAGGAGAGGUUGACAAGAGUAAAGUCAUUUUAAUUGACACACCUGGAUGGUGGCCGUACGCCUCUGUAAUAGAGACUUCAGAGUCAGUCAAGCAGGAGAUCAUGUCAAGUGUUGCUAUGUGUCCACCAGGACCUCAUGCAGUUUUGCUGGUUCUGCAGUCUGGUGUCGCCUUCACUGAAGCACAUAGGAGGUCUGUCAAGGAGCACAUGGAGCUCCUGGGUCGAAAUGUCUGGAAGCACUGUAUAGUGGUGUUCACCAGGGGAGACUGGCUGGUCACUCACACUAUUGAAGAGCACACUGAGAGUGAAGGAGACCCUCUGCAGUGGCUGAUCAAUAAAUGUGGAAACAGGUAUCAUGUACUGAACUACAUGGAGCAGGAUGAUAGGGAACAGGUCAGAGAGUUGAUGGAGAAAGUGGAGAUGAUGGCCAGAGGAAACACAGAUCUCCUGACGCAUGUGGAAGCAGGAAUGGAGGAGAGUGACAGUGGCUGCGGAUCUAACUGGUCAGAGCAAGACAAGUUAGAGAGAGGAAGCUUUAAUCUGGAUCCCCCUUAUAAAAUAAACAUCAUUAUGGUAGGAAGUAAAGCAGAACAUAAAUGCAAUGCAGCUAAUACCAUCCUUGGUCACAAUGACUGGAAAGUGGGCAAAGAGAUAGUCCAGAGUGAGAGCAAACAGAGGACAAAUCAGAACAGAUCUGCUACUUUGGUAAUGACACCAGGAUGGUGGAAGAGCUUCACACUGGCAGAGAGUGCAAAGUAUUUAAAGAUGGAGUUUGUGCAUAGUUUAAAACUGUGUCCUGAUCCACAUGCCUUCCUUCUAGUCAUCAAUCUACACAAACCAUUCACAAACAUGCACUUAAACAGUGUGCUGGAACACAUGGAGAUUCUUGGUGAGCAGAUCUGGAACCACACCAUCGUUCUGCUCGUGUAUAACGACAAAACACAGAGACAUGCAGAUUACAAGCAGCUAAUUGAGAGAGCAGGGACAGAGCUUGCUACUGUAAUAAAGAAAUGUGGGAACAGAGUUCAUGUCUUCAAUUAUACUGUCAGAAAGGGGAAAAAUGUGGAAAAACUGUUUCAUAAGAUAGAUAGAUUGGUAGCAGGGCAUGAAGGACGGUGCUUUAAAAUUGACAGCAAACUGUUUGAAGAUAUGGAGGAAAAGAAAAGGACUGUGAAGAAACAAGCAGAAGAGAGAGAGAUUCAAACCUCAGUGAUGAACACCAUCCUGAAAAUCAAACAAGAGGUCAGAAUGUCUAAAACAUCUUUGAAGAGAGAGGGAGAGGUUGACAAGAGAAAAGUCAUUUUAAUUGACACACCUGGAUGGUGGCCGUACGCGUCUGUAAAGGAGACUUCAGAGUCAGUCAAGCAGGAGAUCUUGUCAAGUGUUGCUAUGUGUCCACCAGGACCUCAUGCAGUUUUGCUGGUUCUGGAGUCUGGUGCUGCCUUCACUGAAGCACAUAGGAGGUCUGUCAAGCAGCACAUGGAGCUCCUGGGUCGAAAUGUCUGGAAGCACUGUAUAGUGGUGUUCACCAGGGGAGACUGGCUGGGGACAUCCACUAUUGAAGAACACAUUGAGAGUGAAGGAGAGAAUCUGCAGUGGCUGAUUAAUAAAUGUGGAAACAGGUAUCAUGUACUAAACAACAACAAUCAGUGGUGUGAUAAGAAACAGGUCAAAGAGUUGAUGGAGAAAGUGGAGAUGAUGGCCAGAGAAAACACAGAUCUCCUGACACAUGUGGAAGCAGGAAUGGAGGAGAGUGACAGUGGCUGCGGAUCUAACUGGUCAGAGCAAGACAAGUUAGAGAGAGGAAGCUUUAAUCUGGAUCCACCUCACAUGCAUGGAGAAUACAUUACAAAAUGGCUUGAAAACACAGAAACUAUGUCUGACUACAUGACCUUAUCAGACUUUUCAGAAGAUGUCACACUAAAUCAAGAUUACUGAGUGCCUGAAAACCAAGUUAAGAAAUGACUUGAAAACAAACUGCAAUUAACUUCAGGACCUUAUCAGAGGACAUUUCAGAGAAUGUCACACAAAGUCAAGAUCACUGAUGGUUUGCAGAUGCAAAUACAAAAAAAACAGAAAGAGAAAAAUAAAGAAAGCAAUAGCAUUUCAUGCAAUACUUUUAAAUAUUUUGUACAACAAAGUAACGACAGCAGGAUGGUAACUUGUUCACUUGCAUAUAAGAUUUCUUUUAAAUUGUAAAUAUGAGCUUGACUUUUGUAAUCAGCUUUACUAUUUAUACCAUCAGGUUAUCUUCAUGUCAGAUCUACUCAUAUUGAUGAGUACACCAAUGAGUCUACAAACUUAUUUACUUGCGUUAUGUGUAAUCACUGUUGUUUCUUCAUCCAUUUCUUUCAGUCAUUCUAACACCAAACCUGUUUGUUAAAAUAUACAGUAAGCUACAUAAAUAGAGCUAUUGAAAUUGACAUUAUGAUGCAUAACCUGUAACUUAAACCACAGAACCACAUCAUUUUUUUAAUAUUCUAUAUAAUAUUUUAUUUUCUCUUUUUACGUUUAAUUUCCACAUUGCCAUGCGAAUAGCGUGUGAAUUUAGUGGCCACUCCUACUCAUGAAAAGCUGUUAUGACGUAAACAAUGUUAAAUGUGGAUUCACUGUUUAAAGUGCUCUGACAAAACAAAUCCACUCAGCCUCAGCAGGGAAAUAUUUCUAUUAUGCUGGUUAUAUAACAUUAUUUAUGAACAACACUGUUUUAGUUUUAGGUUCCUGAGAAUACAAAUACACUCAGUAAAGCCUGAGAAAUCUAUGGUCUGUUUAUGUUGUUACUUCAAGUUUUUAAGUGUUCUAAAAACUUGAAGUAACUUGAAGUUCUUUUCAUUUCAAUACAGAGUUAAAUUAGCAAGGUGAAGGUGAAAAAUGCUUGUGACUCAAAUAUCCUUGUCUAAAACCCUUGCAAAGCAAUCAUAGGGGUGGAGCUCUCAGUAUUUCUCAUCAGGAAGCUGAUAAACCAGUGCAUCAAGUGCAGAGGCACAUUUAUUACAUGCACAAAUACAGACAGAAAAUGUUUUUAGAUUCAUUAUUUAUUUGUAUAAAAGGGGGGAAAACGAGAAAGAAUGAGAACUGAGAAAAAAGGAGAUUAAAAGUGAUAAAAACAGGAAAGAGAGAAAGAAGAUAUUGAAGCAAAUUUGAAGAACUUCACACUGAUAGUCUGUGACGCAUGAUGGAGGCAGGAGAGGACUCUGAUCGCCAUGAAAGUGAGUUGUUGUAAUAUUGUGCAUAAAUGUUUAAACAUUUGACUUAACCAUAUAUUUUUAGACAGUGGAAAGUAUCUGAUAUCUUUAAAAAACUAUUUAUAACAUCACUAUGUAUGUUGUUCAAAUAAGGCUGAAAACAAGUAUAUACAUCACCUGGCACGUCAUAGAUUUAUUUAUUCUCAAAGAUUUAUUUCCAAUAAACACAACUAAAACCAAAACUUUUAACUUCAUUGAAAUGUGAGAGAGCUCAAUGUACUCACAGUAAAGGUAAAGCCUAGAUUCAUCAAGUUUAAAAGCAGCAACUUUACAAUUCCCUUAGAUCAUGGAUGUUACAAUAAAUGUUUUUUAUACAGUUUUCAUUUUUACAAAACUAAGCUGGAAAACUUUGUAACCUACAAAGUAUUUAAGAAUGUCACACGAUUUGCCACCUAUAAAAGUAAACUCAAAACAACAAAACUACAGCAUUAAAUGUGGCCAUUGUUGUGUAUUUGCAAAGUCUUUGAAAAUGCAUUUGCUGUAAUACUGUGAACCAUAAGCACGAACCACAUGCAAAGUAUGCAAUCUGCACAAUUGACUACAUCUGAAAUAUGAUACUUAAUUUGUUAAGGUUUGCUAACUACACGUGAUAAUUACAGGUUCCUUGAAUUUCUCCUGCAGAUUUUCCAGCUCUUCGUAAGAUAAAGGCCAUUAUAAUAGGCUGUAAAGCAGAGUACAAACGUAGUGCAGCUAAAACCAUUUUUGGUCAGAAUGACUGUAAAGUGAGAAACGAGAUAGUCCAGAAUCAGAAAUUUUCCCCAGAGUUAAGGAUUGUCUUAAUGGGUGGCAAUAUUGUUGGGAAGACCUCAGUGGUGAAUACCAUCUUAAAAAUAAAACAAGAGAAGAGCGUGACAAGAAAGUGUGUGAUGAAAGAGGGAGAGGUUGACAAGAGUAAAGUCAUUUUAUUUGACACACCUGGAUGGUGGCCGUACGCGUCUGUAAUAGAGACUUCAGAGUCAGUCAAGCAGGAGAUCUGUGCCACAUAUUUGUGAAAUAAAAUCAUUCUUUGCUAAUUGUUCCAAUAUUAAUUCUUGUCUGUCUUGUCCCAAUCAAUUCUGUAUCAAUGUUAAAUAAAUGCUAUGGCUAAAAACAGUGAGUGUGUUUAUAUGUGCACAUGUGUUGGGUACAACAGUGUUCAUGAGGCUGAUUUAAGUGGCUUUAAGUGUUUUAUAACGUGAUAUUUUACAUAUAUAUCAUGGAGAUUAAGUUGUAAAAUGUCAAGGUGAUUCUCUGCAUUAAACAUAACGAUGCAUAAGUUUUAAGCUGUUUUAUGCUGUAGAUGUAUAAAAAUACAUUUCAUUAAUUAAUUUAAUCAAGAUGUAACUGUGUGCCUUAGUCAGGUUUUGUAUCCAUGACAAUUUUUUACCUAAUUAAUUUAUUUAAUUAAUUUUGAUUUCCCUCCAACAGAAUUUACAAUUUGAAAAUAUUUUGUCAGGCUGUUUUCUUGUUUAUGAAGUAAAACUAAACUGAAAGUUCAUAAUGCAAGCACAUCACACUUGAGAGAACAGGGUAAAGAACAAAUUAUUUGGUGUCUUUAUGGUUAUUUAUUUUUCAUGUUUAACAAAAACAGUUUAAUAGUUAUGGGUGGAGUUUGUACUUGGGAUUUUCGAGAGAUUGAUAAACCAGAACAUCAAGUUAAACAGGCCAGAGACACAUUUACAAACAUGCGCAAUAACAAACUGAAAGUAUCUGAAAUCAUUAUCCAAAUACAGGACACAGAGAGAAAGCAGAGCUAAAAAAGAAAAGUGGGGUGAAAACAAAGAAAAGAGAAAAAAUUCAGUGAAGAGUGCAGCCAGAUCUUUUGUGAUCAUUUAUACUGACGGCCUGCAACACAUGAUGGAAGAAGAAGGGGGCUCAGAUCGUAAUUACGACUGUGCAACUUUCUCAGAGAUGAAGGUCAUUAUAAUAGGCAGUAAAUCGGACCUUAAAUGCACUGCAGCUAACACUAUCCUUGGUCAUAUUGACUGGAAAGUGGGCAAAGAGAUAAUCAAGAGUGAAAUGAAACAGAGGACAAAUCAGAACAGGUCUGUUACUUUAGUAAUGACACCAGGAUGGUGGAAGAGCUUCACACUGGCAGAGAGUGCAAAGUAUAUACAGAUGGAGUUUGUGCAUAGUUUAAAACUGUGUCCUGCUCCACAUGCCUUCCUUCUAGUUAUCAAUCUACAUGAAUCAUUCACAGACAUGCAUCUAAACAGUGUUCUGGAACACAUGGAGAUUCUUGGUGAGCAGAUCUGGAACCACACCGUCGUUCUGCUCAUGUAUGUCAACACAGAGCAAAGAGAUGCAGAUUGCAAGCAGCUAAUUGAGAGAGCAGGGACAGAGCUUGAUGCUCUAAUACAAAAGUGUGGGAACAGAGUUCAUGUUUUCAACUAUACUGACAGCAGGGGGAUAAAUGUACAAAAACUGUUUCAUGAGACAGAGAGAUUGGUAGCCGAGCACGAAGGACAGUGCUUUAAAAAUUGACAGCAAACUUUUUGAGGAAAUGGAGGAAAAGAGAAGGGCAGUAAAGAAACAAGCAGAAGAGAGAGAAAUUCAAGUAAAAACAAAGAUGCAAACCUUGAAACAACAUCUAGCAGAAUUUUUUUUUCCAGAGUUAAGGAUUGUCUUGAUGGGUAGCAGAAUUGUUGGGAAGACCUCAUUGGCGAAUACCAUCCUGAAAAAAACACAAAAGGAGAACAGGGCCAAAAAGUGUGUGAUGAAAGAGGGAGAGGUUGACAAGAGAAAAGUCAUUUUAAUUGACACACCUGGAUGGUGGCCGUACGCGUCUGUAAUAGAGACUUCAGAGUCAGUCAAGCAGGAGAUCAUGUCAAGUGUUGCUAUGUGUUCACCAGGACCUCAUGCAGUUUUGCUGGUUCUGCAGUCUGGUGUCGCCUUCAGUAAGGCGUAUUUAAGGUCUGUCAAGGAGCACAUGGAGCUCCUGGGUCGAAAUGUCUGGAAGUACUGUAUAGUGGUGUUCACCAGGGGAGACUGGAUGGGGACAUCCACUAUUGAAGAGCACAUUGAGAGUGAAGGAGAAGCUCUGCAGUGGCUGAUCAAUGAAUGUGGAAACAGGUACCAUAUUCUUAACAACAUGGAGCAGGAUGAUAGGGAACAGGUCAGAGAGUUGAUGGAGAAAGUGGAGAUGAUGGCCAGAGAAAACACAGAUCUCCUGACACAUGUGGAAGCAGUGAUGGAGACUGACAGUAGUCUGGGAUAUGGGUCAGAGCAAGACAAGUCAGAGAGAAGAAGCUUAAAGCUGGAUCCACCUUAUAUGGGCAACGGCGACAAGACUACGCAAUGGCUUGAAAAUCCAGCUAAUGUGUUCAACUAUAGAAGCUCAUCAGAAUUUUCAGAGGAUGUCACACAAAGUUAAUGGCACUGAUGGCUUGCAGAGGUAAAUAAUCAAUAACAACACAGCUAUUUAUUAGCAAGUGACUAUUUGUAUGAAUUUCUCCUUGAAAAUACUUUUGUUAGUGCAGUUUCUUUUGUAAGACUUUUGUUAGUGCAAAUCUUUGAAAUUAGACCAGCCUUCAAAGAUAACAAGAGUGUGUGCGUGAAAUAAGUUAAAUGUGAUUAUAUUUUUAUAAUACAGAUUUUGGUUUAUUUUUUCUUUCAUUAGUAUGCACUCAUUUUCCACACUCAUAUGUAUAGCCAAGUAAUGAAAGCAGUUUAAACUUUUAAAAUGAAUUCUGUAAUUUUCCUUAUUUAUACCAUCAUGACAGAUCUGGUUGUAAUAAUCAGACACCUCUCUUGCUCAAAACUGCAUUAUUGAUUGAUAAUAGCUUGUGUGUGAGUAUGUAUUUGCUUUAAUACUGUACAUUUAUAUAUUUUUCUCUUAUCAUUUGUUUUCAAACUAAGCCAGGAAACAAAGAAAAUGUUAAUGCUAGAUUUCAUUUGCAAAAUUGACAAAUGUGUUUACAUCCUGUAUGUUAAUCCAUAAUUUUUCAGAUGGUAAAGGAAGAUUAGUUUCACAUCUGUGCCAUACAUCUGUGAUCUGAAAUCAUAAAUGAUCUGAUAAUAAUCUUGUCUGUUCCUUUCCCAUUCCAUUUAAUUCUGAUGCCUUGAUGUAUCAGCAGUAAUCAAAUGCAUUUUUGCUACUAAUAAAAACAUGCAUUUAAAACAUUUUAAGCUAUUAUUUCAUUUUAAGUUGGCAAAAAGUAAUUUCAAAUUAUUUUGUAGCAUUUUUCACAAAACAUAGUUAAAGUAUAUUACACUACCAGAUGUAAUACAAGUUGUCUAAAGGCUUUCCUAGAUGAUAGUUUUAUCUUUCUGCUUGCAAACAUUGUUGUGCUGUUUUAUUUUUAAAACAGCCACAACCUCCAACACCCUGAAAUACCGCAUUUCUUCUUCAGAUGAAACAAUCUCCUGA